CGGGGCGGGCUCAAUUGCCUAGUUGUAGGCGACAUUUUACUAAACCGAGAACGCACGAAGAUGUUGAUUUUCUAGCACAAAGCUGGCGUAUUUUUCGCGGGUUUGUUCGUAAAAGUCACGAUGUAAGGAUUUGCACGCAGAAUCUGCACCCUAACUUUGUCUAAAACACCCUCAUUCAACAUAUUACAUCUUCACCGAUUUCAGAAAUAGACAUUUCCACAAACCAGGAGGGACCAGCGUUACUUCGUUUCGUUCUGGAGGAAACAGUUUAUUCUGCUAGGGUUUUACUUUACAGCAAGGCAAAAGGAGAUGAGAGGAAGUUCAUAUGGAGACCGAGACAGAGAUCGAGGACGGGACAGGGGGCCUCGCUUUGGAUCCAGUCGAGUUGCCCCACCUCCACCCAAGAAGUUUGGGAAUCCAGGAGAUCGGCUGAGGAAGAAGAAAUGGGACAUGGACCAGCUACCCAAGUUUGAGAAGAACUUCUACAGUGAACACCCAGAGGUUCAUCACAUGAGUCAGUAUGAUGUUGAAGAAUAUUGCCGGAAGAAAGAGAUCACUGUCAGAGGCUCCGGCUGUCCAAAGCCUGUCACCAACUUCCAUCAAGCUCAAUUCCCUCAAUAUGUGAUGGAUGUGCUGCUGCAGCAGAACUUUAAGGAGCCCACUGCUAUCCAGGCUCAAGGUUUUCCUUUGGCUCUCAGUGGCAGGGACAUGGUGGGCAUUGCUCAGACCGGCUCCGGAAAAACACUGGCUUAUCUGCUGCCUGCCAUAGUGCAUAUUAACCAUCAGCCCUACCUGGAGAGAGGGGAUGGGCCCAUUUGUCUUGUGUUGGCACCGACGCGUGAAUUAGCCCAGCAGGUGCAGCAAGUGGCUUAUGACUAUGGCAAAUCAUCUCGGAUCAAGAGUACCUGUGUUUAUGGUGGAGCCCCUAAGGGUCCACAGAUCAGAGAUUUAGAAAGAGGUGUUGAAAUCUGCAUUGCCACACCUGGCCGUCUGAUCGAUUUCCUGGAGGCAGGAAAAACCAACCUGCGCCGUUGCACCUACCUAGUGCUGGAUGAGGCUGAUCGUAUGUUGGACAUGGGAUUUGAACCCCAAAUCCGCAAAAUUGUUGACCAAAUUAGAUGCACACACCUCCGUGACUAUGUCCAAAUCAAUAUAGGAGCUCUAGAACUGAGCGCAAACCACAACAUCCUGCAGAUAGUGGACGUCUGCAUGGAGAAUGAAAAAGACACCAAGCUGAUUCAGCUGAUGGAGGAAAUCAUGGCUGAAAAGGAGAACAAAACAAUCAUCUUUGUCGAGACAAAGAAACGUUGUGAUGAACUUACUCAGAGGAUGCGAAGAGAUGGGUGGCCUGCAAUGUGUAUUCAUGGUGACAAGAGCCAACCAGAGAGGGACUGGGUACUAUCAGAGUUCCGCAGUGGAAAAGCUCCAAUUUUGAUUGCUACUGACGUUGCCUCACGGGGUCUGGAUGUGGAGGAUGUUAAAUUUGUCAUCAACUAUGACUAUCCAAACUCUUCUGAGGAUUAUGUUCAUCGCAUUGGGCGCACAGCCCGCAGCACCAACAAAGGUACAGCCUAUACCUUCUUCACACCUGGUAACCUUCGGCAGGCUCGUGAUCUGGUCCGGGUUCUUGAGGAGGCUAGACAGGCCAUCAACCCCAAACUACUGCAGCUGGUGAACACAGGUCGUGGGGGAGGGGGAGGUGGAAGGAUGCGUUAUCGUGGCAGCAACUCAACCUCAAAUAACCCCAACCUGAUGUACCAGGAUGAAUGUGAUCGCCACAUGCGCUCUGUAACCGGAAGUAACAAAGGCAGCCGCAGCAACAACUUGAGCCGUGAUGGAAGGUCAGGUGGGAGCAGCCGUGACGACCGUAUGUCCUCUUCUUCUUACAGAGACCGCAGCAGGGAUGGACGAAACAACUACAACUCGGGACCCUCCUACAACAGUGGAGGAGGUGACCAAUUCCAGAGCUGUGGGGGCGGAGGAGGGGGGCAGUAUGGCUCCAGAGGGGGAGGCUCACAUCCAGGUGGGGGUGCAGGAGGGCAAGAUCAGGCUGGACCUCCCCAAGGUCUGUUUGGAGCACCUCCACCAACUCCUCAGCCUGGGCCAGGUCCGCAACCACUCAUGGCACAGCAGUUCCCUCCUCCACCACAGCCUAUCAUGGGGUUCAUGGGUUCUGGGCCAUACCCAUUUGCCUCACCACCACCACCCCUUCCUCCCCCUCCUAGAAAGUAGCA